GUCACGCCUCGAUAUCCUCCCACAGCCUCGGAAACCCUCUCCUCAUCAAUCUACACCCGAUCCCCAUCAUCCUCCAUUUCGGAAAGCGAUGCAGACGCCAUGUUCAGAGCAAAGGGCAGCACCAGGGCAGUUGGCGGUCGUCCUCAACGGCUGAGGCCCGAUGCCGAGGAAGCGGGAUCCUCGGCUGAAGCUCAACGCGAUUCUGAAGAGGUGCCGUUUGUUGAGGAUGAGCGGACGUGGAUACGGUGGCCUGUCUCACUCUUUGUGGUUCUGAUUUACCGGCCAAUUUGGAAGCCUUUCUGCGCCGUCUUGUCGAGUCCUGCGUCUUUGCUGUUGGUUUUGGUUCUCUUCCUUUUCGCUGCUGUUCCAUUCAUGAUUAUUUCUGGGUUCUUAUCUGCUGUUUUUGGUCUCCGGAGUGUCCAAGGCUCCACCGAAGAAGAGGGCAAGGCAGCGAUGCAAGGGAGAGCUUAA